AUGACGUCGGUAGAUGAUGGCACAAUGAAUGUCGGAUACCCUUCUGGCAAGUCAGCCGAUGGUACCUCCAUCAAGAAAUUUACCAUUACAAGUGAGGAUGUUUCUACGAGCACAAUGACUGGGGCAAGCAGAAAUAUCGGACACUCGAGUGGCGGACACGCAACUGUCGAACACGACAAACACAAAUCUGAAGAAGAAACAAUCCGCGAUUACGCGUCUGGUGGACACACCAUUGGCGGACAUAUGACUGAUGGAUACACUGCUGGUGAAUACGCAUUUGGCGAUCACACCCCUAAAGAAGAAAAAAGUGGCACAUACACAGCUGGCGAUUUCACCACGCAUGGUAUUACAUCUGGAAAACACGCCACUAACCAACAAACAACUCGAGAACAUACCACGGGCGGAGCCACGCAUGAGACUAUCGAUGAUCAUCCGGUACCAAGUGGUUACUAUUCUAAUGAUAAUUACGAGAGUUUGACUGCGACCGCCGCGGAUAAUACAGCGACUAAAACACACACUACUGACUUCAACUACGACACGACAGGAACUGCUACUGAGAGUGCUACAUCAAGUGGUGGAUACUUUACCGAUACACACGAUGAAACCAGCACGGAGGCAGAUCCAAACUUUAGCGGUGCUGAGCCUACUGACGGCUUUAAUCUUGUGAACGGAAAAUGGACAAAAACUAACAAGACAGAGACUAUCGUGGACCCGUUGAAUGGCGAGGCUUUUAUGACUAUGCCGCUUACACAAAAGGAUGAGCUAGAUCCUUUCGUGGAAAGUAUGACCAGCUGUCCAAAACAUGGUUUGCAUAAUCCUCUUAAAAACGUCGAGCGCUAUGUCAUGUAUGGUGAAGUCAGCGCUAAGGCCGGAGCCAUGUUCCGUGAGGAAAAAGUGGCUGAUUACUUUGCGCGAUUGGUGCAGCGAACAUCACCUAAGAGCUACUUUCAAGCUCGCAAUGAAGUUAAGGUUACGGGCAAGUUUCUCGAGAACUUUUCCGGAGAUCAAGUACGCUUUUUGGCGCGCUCAUUUGGAGUACCGGGCGACCAUCUUGGACAGACCAGUUUUGGUUACCGCUGGCCUUAUGGUCCUGUGGCAUUAAUCACGCCUUUUAAUUUUCCUAUUGAGAUCCCUGUGCUUCAAAUGAUGGGCGCUUUGUACAUGGGUAACAAGGUGCUAUUGAAAGUAGACUCGAAGGUAUCGAUCGUCAUGCAGGAAACUCUACGCUUACUGCACGAAUGUGGCAUGCCUAUGACAGACGUGGAUUUCAUCAAUUCAGAUGGUGCGGUAAUGAAUGAUUUGUUAUUGCGAAUCAAGCCGCGCAAUACGCUUUUCACAGGCUCGCAGGCAGUUGCCGAGAAGCUUGCAAAAGAUCUAAACGGUCGUAUCAAAUUAGAGGAUGCCGGCUUCGAUUGGAAAGUAUUAGGACCUGAUGUGCGUGACUUUGACUAUGUUGCCUGGACUUCCGACCAGGAUGCUUACGCUUGCUCUGGACAAAAAUGUUCGGCGCAGUCAGUUCUCUUCAUGCACAGAAAUUGGGUCAAGGCUGGUCUGGAGAAGAAGCUUGCUGAGCUUGCUAAUCGACGAAAGCUCUCGGAUCUAACCAUUGGCCCUGUGCUCACGGUUACGACAAAGAGAAUGCUUGACCACGCUGCGGCUCUGUUGAAGAUUCCUGGGUCACGUGUUGCUUUUGGUGCUGAAGAAUUGGAAAGCCAUACAAUUCCAGAAAAGUAUGGUGCUCUCAAGCCGACCGCGAUCUUCGUCCCGCUCAAAGAGUUUGUCAAGCCCGAGAAUUUUGAGCUCGUGACAACAGAGAUUUUCGGCCCGUUUCAGGUUCUGACCGAAUACGACGAUAAUGAGUUGCCGCAAGUUUUACAGGCCCUGGAACGCAUGAAUGCUCACCUCACUGCUGCUGUUGUGUCAAACGACCAAGACUUUACCAAUGAAGUGCUGGCGGCGACGGUGAAUGGCACGACUUACAGUGGUAUCCGCGCCAGAACCACAGGGGCACCCCAAAAUCACUGGUUUGGCCCAGCUGGUGACCCAUGCGCCGGCGGUAUCGGUACGCCAGAAGCUAUCAAGCUCGUGUGGUCAUGCCAUCGUGAAAUAAUUAGCGAUGUUGGACCCGUUCCUCCCACCUGGACGAUUCCCGAGGCUACGUAA